AUGUACAUGCCUGUAACGUCGUUGCCCCUUCCACAAGAAACCACAAACCCGGACAAUAUCCUCACAAGCCGUAUCUAUUACAUCAAAGCAGAUGUCGUGCAAGACCUCCAAACUCAGGCUGGCAAUGGUAAGAGGACGAAACUCGAGUCCUUCAGCGCGUUCUUGUGGAAACUCGUGGCUAAACACGCCGCAACAACAGAUUCAAAAGUCCCGAACUUGAAGUCCAAAUUUGGCAUAGUUGUUGACGGAAGAAAGAAACUUACGGAGCAAGAAACCAGUCCUUACUUCGGGAACGUCCUCUCGGUCCCAUUCGGUGAGCAAAGAAUCGAUGACUUGACCCACAAGCCAUUGUCUUGGGUUGCUGACGAAGUGCACAAGGUGUUGGAGAGUUCAGUGACCAAAGACCAUUUCUUGAAUUUGAUUGAUUGGAUCGAGAUUCGCCGUCCGGUCCCGGUUGUAUCAAGGAUAUACGGAGCAGGAUCCGAAGAUGGACCCGCUUUCGUAGUCUCCUCGGGGAAGAGUUUUCCGGUGACUCGAAUUGAUUUCGGGUGGGGCUCGCCGGUUUUUGGAUCGUAUCAUCUCCCACUAGGAAGCAGAACUGGAUACGUGAUGACAAUGCCGAGUCCUGUGGUGGAUAACAGCGCUGGAGAUUGGAUAGUUUACUUACAUCUUGAGAAAGGACAGUUGAAAUUUAUCGAACAAGAGGCUCCUCAUGUGUUUAAGCCAAUAGACAAUGAUUAUCUCAAGAUUUGA